AUGGAUGCUGAGUAUGUCUUAUGCAAUUGGAAAGACCAGUUAUGGCCAGCAAAAGUUUUGUCCAGAUGUGAGACUUCAUCAAACAGUAAGAGAAAAAAGACAUUUUCCCUAGAAGUUCAAAUACUCUCAGUAAAUGAAAAAAUUAAAGUGGAAAGCAAGGAAACAAAGAUCCUAAAUAAAUCUCAAAUUGAAGCCAUUGCCUCCUCACUAGCAGCACAGUCAGAGGGCAGUUAUCCACCUAGAGAGGAAACAGCUUAUGCAAGGUCACUAAAAAUGGCACUGGGUAUUCUGAAUAAGAGAACAAAUUUGAAUCAAUCAAGCAGUUCAGAUGAAGAAGAGACCACUACACUGUCUCAAAAUGUACCACAAAAGCUUUCUAAUUCACCCCCUCGUAAAAAGUAUCGGAAGCCUAAAGGAAACUUAUCGAAGUGUCUCGAAGAACGUGAAAUUCCAACAUUUCUGUUAGUAUCUUCAGAGAGUGAUGAUUCCUUGUAUGAUGAUAAAUCACAAGUGCAUGCAACCGUUGAUACUAUUCCAAGUGAGAUGGAAACAAAAUCAUCACAAAACUCCAGCUGGUGCCAAAUUUUCCCUCCACUUUCAGAAGAGGAUGAAAAGGAGAGCAAGAAAAAGAUUGACAUCCCAACAAUUAUGCCUUUGGGUUCUACAAUCAAAGAGGAAGGUGCUUAUGUUAAAGAAGAGAAGUUCACUCCAACUUCACCACCAGAUAUCUUCAUUGUGCCAAAAAGUUUGAAAGAGGAGCCAGAAGAUCUCUGCCCAAAGACACUGGCCAUUUCCUCUGAAUGCUCUGCCUUCUUAGAGAAUAUUGAGGAUCCUGGAGAGGGUCCCUCGAAUUCAUGCUUAGAUACAAGCCAGAAUCAACCUGUAGAAUCAGAGACAGGUGCUCUGGCAUCCCCCAGUUAUUGUUCAUUGGAAUGUCAGGUUUCAUUUAGUGCCUCUAACCGUGUCAGGGAUUGUUCACUCCGUGGGAAUAAUGAAAGAAGUGGCCAGAAUCCGGAUUUUGAGGAACACGGAGAAGAACUCCAAGCUUCUGAUAAGUCAGUGCCUCUAAAUCCUGUUGAUACUUCUGUACUAGAUGACGACGAGGAAGACGAAGUACUUCCACCAGUUGUUUUUCAUUAUGAGCCACGUUCAUUUGAAGCAGGAAUGAUAGUCUGGUUUAAAUAUAAAAAAUAUCCAUUUUGGCCAGCCAUAGUGAAAAGCAUCAGGAGAAAAGAGAAAAAAGCAAGUGUGAUUUUUGUUGAGGCAAACAUGAAUCGUGAAAAGAGAGGCAUUAGAGUGCUUUUGAGAAGAUUAAAAAAAUUUGAUUGUAAAGAGAAACAAGCACUAGUGGAUAAAGCCAGGGAGGAUUACAGUGAAAGUAUUGACUGGUGCAUCUCACUGAUUUGUGACUACAGAGUUAGACUAGGUUGUGGUUCUUUUACAGGCUCUUUCCUUGAGUAUUAUGCUGCUGACAUUAGUUAUCCAAUCAGGAAAGUAAUCAGACAAGAUACCUUCAGGAACUUAUUUCCAAAGCUGCAUAAUGAAGAUUCUAUGGAACCGAUGGCCAUGACUUCCCAGACCAAAAGAAUGUCCUUCAAAAAAAUUCUCCCUGACCGAAUGAAGUCGGCUCGGGACCGAGCCAACAGGAAUCUAGUGGACUUCAUUGUGAAUGCAAAAGGAGCAGAAAACCAUCUUCUGUCCAUUUUAAAUGGCACAAAAGCAUCCAGGUGGCUGAAAUCAUUUUUGAAAGCAAAGAGGUUCACUCCCUGUAUUGAAACAUACUUUGAAGAUGAAGAUCAGUUGGAUGAGGUAGUGCAAUAUUUACAAGAAAUCUACAAAAAAAUCAACGAAAGAAUGCUAGCUCGGAUAAGAGAUGAUAAAAUUAAAUUUAUCCUAGAAGUUCUUCUGCCAGAAGCAAUCAUUUGUUCAAUUUCUGCUGUUGAUGGAUUAGAUUACCAGGAAGCUGAAGCAAAGUAUCUAAAAGGACCAUCUCUAGGAUACAGGGAAAGAGAGUUAUUUGAUUCAAAAAUCCUAGUUGAAAAGAGACGGAAGCCAUCAACAAAACAAGCUCACUAA